AUGACUACCACUGAAGGCCAGUGUGCCGUCUGUUCCAAGCCUGGAAAACUCUGCGCCAGCUGCGAGAACAUCCACUACUGUGGCCGUGACUGCCAGAAGGCUGACUGGGCCGUUCACAAGCUGCUCUGCCGCUCCUUCAAGAAUGCACGCGACCCCCCAGGCCCAAACAUGAUGCGUGUCAUCGUCUUUCCCUUCAACAGCACCAAGAUCGAGUUCCGCUGGAUGCCUAUCAACCGCAGAAAGGUCCAUCGCCCCAAUAGCGGCCACUUCUUCGGGACAGACAAUCAAUGGAAGAAGAACUCGCCUGCUCUGACCGACUUCAGAAGCUUUGUGCAAGACCCAAAGACCGGCAAGAGAUUGCGCCACCGUAUCACUAUUCAGUUCCGUGACGAGUAUCAAACUGAUGGAUCUAUCCCUAACAUCGCCAUCAACAACCUGGUCGGCGGCUCCUCUCUGCUGAAGUUUGCAGGUCCCAUCAUUGCAUACGGCAAUGUCGACGUGAAGCAGGGUACCGAGACCCAGAGCAUCAAUCUGGAUACCUCUGAUCUCAAAAUCAUCAAGGACUGGUUCACGUAUGGAUUUUUCAAAUGCAAGAACGAGCAAUUCUACAGAGACAGACUCGAAGGCCGAGGCAAUGUCUUGAACGUGGACGAAACCAAGGAAUGCAUCGAUACCUGGGAGAAGGAGCAGCGAGCUAUGGGCAAACCCGUUCGCGAAUUCACAGCUGAAGAAGCCGGCUCCCCUGAAUGA